CAUAUAAACAUAUUAUAUAUUGGGAAUAACGGUAUGAGCUUAAUCACUACAUAAUUUAAAGCCAAAAUAUGACAUUCCUAGUACUCAUCUCCAACUUUAAUAUUGUUACUUUUAAACUAACUUUUUUGUUAUUCCAUGUCUUCAUCUCCUUUCUUCUUUUUCUCUCUCAUGGGUCCAUUGCUGAAGCUGACAAAGUAACUCUACACAUCGGUGCUAUCAUUGAUGUUGAUUCUCGCAUCGGCAAAGAGCAAAAAAUAGCCAUGAAAAUAGCUCUUUACGACUUCAACAACAAGUCGGAGCUUCACAAGCUCUCUCUUCGUUUCCGAUCAGCUCAUGUCGCUGAAGAGCUGAUUAAGGAGAAGCAAGUCCAAGUAAUUAUCGGCAUGGAGAUAUGGGAGGAAGCAGGUUUAGCGGCAGACAUCGGAAGCCGAACUCAAGUUUCAGUUCUCUCAUUUGCGACUGCUCCACAUACACCAGCAUUGGUGUGGCUUCGAUGGCGGCCUAUCUUUACGCAAAUGGUUACUGAAAACAGUAAUUCUUUCAGAGAGUUUCUUGAGCAGUUUCAGCAAAAUUUCCAGUUAGAUUAUCCUGAAGAAGAUAACAGUAGUGAGCCUGGAAUUCAUGCGCUACGAGCUUAUGAUAGCAUUAUGACUAUUACACAGGCGAUGGUGAAAUAUUAUUCAGCUGGUAAAAUGAGUUCCUCAGGAAUCUUGAGGGAUAGUUUUUUAUCAAGCAACUUCACUGGUUUAACCGGUGAAGUGCGUUUUGAAGAGGGAAGACUAUCAAGCUCCCAAAAAUUAAGUAUGGUGAACAUUGCCAAUCGGGGAAGGUCAUCAGAGUUGGGGUUCUCAGAUAACCAUAGUUCCAUGAAAGAAUUGGGUGAUUUCACGGAGGUGAAAUGGCCUGGGGACCAAAAGAGAAUCCUGAGAGAAGAGUUGAUACUAACUGAUGAUUAUGUAAAACCAAUAUUGAAUAUUAGAGUUCCGGGUAGAGUCUCUUUUAAGAAGUUCCUCGAUGCAAAAUUGAAUGAGACCACGGGUUUUUGUAUCGAUGUUUAUAAUGAGGUAAAAACAAUUUUGGAUGAAGAUUAUAAUAUUAAAGAUCUACCCUCUCCUGAUCAAUUUCACGUCUACAAUGGCAACUACGAUGAUUUGGUUGAAUCUGUUCAUAACAAGACUUUUGAUGCUGCUGUUGGUGACAUAACGAUAACAAUUGAGCGGUGGGAUCAAGUGGCAUUUACAGUACCUUUUAUCGAGUCAGGUUUGCUGAUAGUAGUUCCAGUGAAGAAAGCUUCGAAAGCAUGGUUGUUUCUGAAGCCCUUCACUAGUGCCAUGUGGGUGGUGACGGUGGCCAUCUUCUUCUACACAAUGUUCAUAGUUUGGUUCUUGGAGAAAAGUUCCAAUCAAGAAUUAAUUAGUGGCCAAUGGAAGGAACAACUUGGCAAUGUGCUUUGGUUCACCUUCUCUACUCUGUUCUUUGCUCACAGGGAGAAGAUUAAAAGCAACUAUACUCGAACCGUGAUCGUGGCGUGGCUUUUUGUGGUGUUGAUCUUAAUAGAAAGCUACUCUGCCAGCCUCACUUCAAUGCUCACCGUCUCACGACUCCGGACAACUGUGCCAGAUAUCGAGGAGCUAAAGAGGACAAAUGCAACAGUGGGGUGCGAUGGUGCUACAUUUGUUAGGAAGUACUUGGAGGAUGAUGAGCAUUUUGAACCAGGGAACAUCAUCGACAUCAGCAGCGAAAGCGAGUUCCAGACUGCAUUCAAGAAUGGCACGAUUCAAGCAGCAGUUCUUGAAGUUCCUUAUGCCAAAGUUUUUGUCAACCAACGCUGCAAGCAGUACGAGUAUGGCGAUGGAUCAUUCACCAGAAAAUUUGGAGGAUUCGGCUUCGUCUUUCAAAAAGAUAAUUCUACAUUAGCUCAUAACGUUUCCAAAAAGCCAUUCUAAAACUAUCAGAAACAGGGAAGAUAAAAGAAUUAGAGAAAAAGUUGUAUACUCCCUCCUCAGAGUGUAUGAAGUCAACUACCGAAGAAAAGGAUAGCUUGUGCAUUGAGGACUUCUUGGGCCUCUUUAUAAUCUACGCAGCCAUUUCCAUCAUCUGUUUUUUACUCUAUCUGUUGAAAAGGAGAAUGGGCCCCCAGCAAACCAUAAUUCUAGGGAGUGCUCCACCUUCUGGUAAUGAGAUUGAAAUGAUUUAGACAAGAAUUUUUAAUUUUUAAUUUUUUUUUUUUUUUUUUUUCUGUAAAUACUAGUAUAGCGAUUUCUUAUAAUGUAUAAAGGAUUCUUUUUUUAUUUACUAUGUAAAAAUCAACAGAUGAAAUGAACUUUUGGACUUAUGUUAUUUUCCAUUUAAAUAAACUGGCUGGGUUAUUUAAUUGAUUAAUGCAGUGUU